CUUGUAUCCAUUAUAACAAAGCACGCAAUUAAGGGGAAAGAGUCUGGAGCACUACUGCGCAGUAUUUUCAAAGGGUCUCCAUGUACAGAGGAUGUUGCUGUUCGCCGGAGAUUAGCAGUCUAUAAGCACUGCAUAGAACUUGUUGAAUCUGGAGAUCUACAGAGAGAAGUGGCUUCCGAGAUUGUGGGGCUCCUAAUGUUAGAGGUUCAUCACUUACCAGGAGCGUCCCUUCUUGACUUGGCAAACUUGUAUGUUGAAGCAGUGAAAGCUGGAAGCAUGUCCAAUGGGAAGUCUUUGGAACUGUUUCCUAAUGUGCUUAAAGCUCUUUCAUCAAAAGAAUCUUUAGUGUAUGGCAAUGGAGAACUAACGGGAGAGGAGUGCAAGAAACAGAUUAUCAAUAGUCUCUGCUCCAGCAGAUGGGACCCAAAGUGUGUCAUUUUUCUUACUUCAAUGUUUAGAGAUGUAUUACUAAGUACGGAAGAGUUACAGUUUGUAGUGGAAAAAGUAUUAAGGCUGUUCUCUAAGUUGGACCUCCAAGAAAUGCCCCCUUUGGUUUACCAGCUUCUACUUCUUUCUGCCAAGGGGAGUAAAAGGACCAUCCUGGAAGGCAUUAUCACAGUUUUUAAUGAUCUGGAUCAGAAGUUGAUGCAUGAGGCCAAAAAUGAUGAAGAUCUGGAUGAUUCCACUAUCCCAAAAGAACAGCUGCGUCAAGUAGAGGGUACCAUCAUCUUGCACAUUGUCUUUGCUAUUAAAUUUGACCAGGACCUGGGAAGAGAGCUAGUCAAGGUAUUGAGAGCUGCACAGCAAGGGGACACAAACAAAUUUUUAUGCCCUUUCAGUGUCGCUCUCCUCUUGUCUGUGUCCAGAAUACAUAGAUUUGAAAAACAGGUUUUUGAUUUCCUGAAAGCUAUUAUUUUAAAAGGAUUUAAAGACAUCCAGUUUCAGCAAGGUUCAAAGUUUCUCCAGGAUUUAGUGCCACAACCAACAUGUGUCUCCUCUAUGCUCCUGGAAAUUGUAAAAAACAGCGUUUUCGGUUGGGACCAUGUCACCCAAGGAUUGGUGGAGCUUGGGUUUCUCCUAAUGGAUUCAUACGGUCCUAAAGCUAUUCCAGGAGCAAAAAUCCUGGAAACUUCAGCAGGAUCACCAAGUCAACAGGCCUGUCAGCUGGGAUCAAAAAUAUUACUGGAGGCCUUUAAGGUCCAUGAAGCCAUAAGAAAUGUGAUUUUAGAGCAAGUUUUGAAUCGAGUUAUUACAAAAGCCACAUCUCCGACAAGUCAUUUCAUAGAUCUUCUCUCUGAUAUUGUGUAUGCUACACCCUUAAUUCUUCAGAACUCGGCCUCUAAACUGACUGCAGCUUUUGACCAUUUGUUCCAGUUGCCCUUCUCUACAGUGCUGGGCCUACUCAAAGCUUUGCAGCCUCUCUUCAAGAUAAAUAUAUCUGUGAGGGAUUGUAUCAUCCUUGUUCUAAGGAAGGCAAUGUUUUGUAGUCAAAUAGAGGCCCGGAAGUCUGCUGUUGCUGGUUUCUUGCUUUUACUGAAAAAUUUUAAGGUUCUUGGAAGCUUGUCCUCCUCACAAUGCAGCCAGGCCAUUGGUGCAAGCCAGGUUCUGGUGGAUGUUCAUACCCGCUACAAUUCUGCAGCAAAUGAGGCAUUUUGUUUGGAGAUUUUGGGCUGCCUGAGAAGAAGUUUGAGUCAGCAAGAAGACAUUCGACGUCUACUUUAUGAAGGUUUUUAUGAUGUGCUCAAGCGAAACUCUCAGCUGGCCAGCCCCAUCAUGCAGACACUGGUGUCUCAGUUAAAGCGAUAUUAUGAACCAGAACCGGAUCUGUUGCCACCACUGAAGCUUGAGAGGUGUAUCGCAGCCCAAAAAGAGCAAAUUAUACUGCAAGAACCUUUGGCACACCUACUGAGCAGUAUUCAUAAUUGCCUGAGCUGGUAUAAGCAGAAGAGCAAUGUCCUGCAGGAGAGGGGCAUGGAAGAUGAGAACGAUGACGACGACUACAUGGCAUGCCGGAAAGAAAUUGAUGAAAUGUUGCAAUCUAUCACAAGAAGAAUGACCAAAUGUGAUUUGGAAGAGUUUGAAUUGGACAAGUCAGCUGACUUCUCUACAAAUUCCAGUGUUGGGAUGAAAAAUUAUACCUAUGCUGUUUUGGUUAUGGGAGUUUGUGAGGUUCUGAUUGAGUACAACUUUACCACAGCAAACUUCAAUAAAAGCAAAUUUGAAGACAUUAUGGGAAUUUUUAAAUGUUACAGCAAACUGGCUGAUAUCCUGAAAGAAAAAUCUGGAAAAUCAAAACCUUCCGGCAAUAGUAAAGCAUGUAAAAGCUUGCUGUCUAUGGGAUUUGUUUCCACACUUUUAACUGCAUUAUUCAGAGAUAGUACAAGGAAGCACGAGGAAAGCCUUAGUGUUCUGAGAGCCAGUCUAGACUUUAUGAGAUACACGGUGUCUGUUGCACUUCAGAAAAUACAGCAGCUGAAGGAGACAGGGGUCACUGAUGGGCCUGAUGGACAGAAUAGCGACAAAAUGUUUCAUAGUAUCUGUGAGAUUACCAGGGUGUUAAUGUGGAGAUACACAUCUAUCCCAUCUGCUGCUGAGGAUUCUGGGAAAAAGGAUAAAGGGAAGAACAUUUCUCUAAUGUGUCUAGAGGGUUUGGUGCAGAUCUUUUACACUAUUCAGCUGCGCUACCCAAAAAAAGAUCUCACAGUUCCUGGCAGCUUUGGGUAA